AUGGCUUUCUUAUUUGGUACACCAAUUCAAAUUGAUAUUCUAUUAGACAAUGACCAUGAAAAACAAAAAGUUACUAAAAUAGUUAAUAAACAAAAAACAGAAAUUCCAAUUUAUAUGAAAAAUGAAGAUAUUAAAGGAAAAGUUGUUAUUACAUUAAAAGAUAAAAAGUAUGAACAUCAAGGAAUUAAAAUUGAUUUUAUUGGAUCAAUAGAAUAUUCAUAUGACAGAAGUUCUACAUCGAAUUUUAUUCAACAAACAGUUGAAUUAAGUAGACCAAAUAUUAUAUUAGAAGAAAAAACAAUGUAUCCAUUUAGUUUUAGUGGAAUUGAUAAAAAAUAUGAUUCAUAUUCAGGAAAGAAUGUAAGAUUAAGAUAUUAUUUAAGAGUAUCAGUUAAUAAAAAGUAUUCAUCUGGUUUAUCUAAAGAACAAGAAAUUUGGGUUAUUAAUUAUCAAGAUGAACCUACUAAAAAUGAUCCAAUUUUAAUGGAUGUUGGUGUAGAAAAAUGUGUAAGUAUUGAAUUUAAAUAUGCUAAAUCAUAUUAUAAUUUAACUGAUGUUGUAUUAGGUCAAGUUUACUUUAAAGUUGUAAGAUUACCUUUGGCUAGUAUGGAACUUCAAAUACAAAGAAAAGAAACUACUGGAUUUCCACCAAAUCAAACGGUUGAUACUGAAGUUCUUUCUCGUUAUGAACUUAUGGAUGGUGCACCAGUUAAAGGAGAAUCAAUGCCAAUUAGAGUAUUUUUAGCUAAUUUAGACUUAACCCCAUCAUAUCAUAAUGUUAAUAAUAUGUUUAGUGUUACUUAUCAUUUACAUUUAGUAUUAAUCGAAGAAGAUGGAAAACGUUAUUUCAAACAAUGUGAAUUUAAAUUAUGGAGAAAACAACCUCAACCAAUUAAAACAUCACCUAAUGCUCCUAUUAGUGUUAAUACUGAUUGUUUAGCUGGUUCUCAAGAAACCCCUUACAAAGGAUCUGACAUUAAUAAACCAUUACCAGAAGUUCAAUCUCAACAAUCUAUUCAAGAAGAACCAAAAGAAGAAAUUAAAGAACCUGUUAUUGAACAACCACAACAAUCUAUUCAAGAAGAAUCAAAAGAAGAAAAGAAAGAAGAAGAACCAAAAGAAGAAAAGAAAGAAGAACCAAAAGCAAUUGACAUUUCUUCAUUUAUUCAAGACGAUAAACAAGAUGAUGACAACUUAUUUUAA